UACGGAACCAUCUUUCUACUCCCACGUCCAUCCCUACAAUAUCUCCGACUGGGUGGAUAUUACCUCAUGAAUGAUGGUCAAUGACAAUGACCUGUUCCUCUUUUCGUCCUUUUCGUUUUUAGCGUUUGUCACCGUGACCUACGGAUCCCUUAUCGCGAUAUAGACUACGGCGCUUUUUAAGAUGGAAGCGGAGUUUCGGUUUAUUUUUGGGCAACAUACCUCGGUUUCAAUUUACUUCUUUCCAAGCGUGGGUGGACAAGCGGUCUGGUUUUGCUCGGUUCCCUUUCGUCUCCUUCGAAUCCGCUAUCUUUCCUUUCGUACAGUACUCCUUAUUAUACUUUUAAUACAGGUAAGGGGAGAGGACGAAGCUGGUAAUCUCUUGUUCCAUGAUUUGAAUGUCGUGACGAAGGCGAUGAACGAUGGCUCGUACGACAUUUGGCAUGCUUGUGUGUAUUCUAUUUUAACAGAGCCCUUUCUCUCCGGGUUUGAAUUGAUUCUCUGAUAUUAAUUGAGAGAUGUGAAUAUCUAGACUUUGCCAAUUUAUCCAAUUUACCGAUAUGUGUUGUGAUCACAUGGUCUAUAUAGACCGUAACGUAUAUAUAAUCUUUCCUG